AUGCCGCCAAAACCAAUUAAAGACACUGUAAGUUUUCUGGUUACAAAUUUGAAUAAAUUAAAUUACCAUAAUUCAUCAAACAAUUUUAUAUUUUUUCAGAAACCAAAAAAUCCACAAGUUGAUGAUUCUGCAGAAGCUGAUACAAGUUCAUCUUCUUCGCAAUCAUCUUCGCAAUCUCAAGAGCCUGAAAUUCCACUUGCUGAAGAAGCCGAUGAUGACAUCAUCUUAUUGAGAGAAGUCCAGAAGCCGAAAACAUCUGCCACAAAAGAGGUAAUUUUAAAUUUUGGGUGAAAAUUUAAUUUUUAAUCAAGAGCCUUUCAAUUUUUCUGAAAAAACAUGAAUUCAGAAUAUCUUGUUGCCAGAUUUUUCCGAAUAGAUCCUCUUGGAAUAUUUAUUGUUCAGAAAUCCAAAAAAAUCUGGCAGUAAGAUAUCCUAAAUUUACUUUGGAUCUAUGAACUUUCAAAACAAAUUGAAAACAAAAUCCUUUUUUUCCGAAUUCAAUUAAAGAUAGACAAAUCAAAAUUUUGUUAAGAAUUGAUCAAUGUUAAUUUCAAAUUUCAGAAUGUGAAAGAAGAAGAAAGUGAUGGAGAGGAUUCUGAUGAGAGUGAAGAAUUGGAUAGUGAUGGUGAUUCGGAUGAUCAAGGAGAAUCGGAUGAUUCUGAAGAUAUUGAAUCCGAUGAAAAAGAGGAGAAAGAGGAGCGAGAAGAAUCUGUUGAUGAAUCAGAAAAUAGAGAAAAUGAAACCGAUGAUGAAAAUGAAUCGGAUGAUUCGUCGAUCGAAAUCUUGGAAAAUGAUGAAGAGGAGGAAGAAGAUUUGGAAGAGGAUUCGAAAGAUGAUGGAGAGGAAGAAGUGGAUUUGGAAGAGGAUUCGGAUGAUGAAGAAAAUGAGGAAGAACAAGAGGAAGAAGGAGGAUCAUCGAGAGUUGCAAGAUCGAAAAGUGUUCCGCCGGCGAGUAAUGACCAAGUGCGUUUUUCUUCCAUCCCGAAAUUUAUUGAUUCAAUUAGAAUCAAUGAGCCCAUGCUGAUUAAUAUUUUGAAAUUGAAAAAAAUAAUUUUUCCCAUGCAAAAAACGUCGAAAAACAAAAUAUACAGUUGAUUAUUUUUGAGUAGAGACAACGUUGAAUUGAGAGAGCGCAGAUAGACAAAUUAGUUUUUUGUCCAAAAGUCUGCGCACUCUCAAUUUCACAUUGUCUCUACACAAAAAUAAUAAACUGUAUAUUUUGUUUUUUGACGUUUUUUGCAUGGGAAAAAUUAUGAUUUUUUAAUUUCAAAGUAUUAAUUUGCAUAGGCGAAAAAUUAAAUUUUGAAGGAAAUAAUUUUGGAAUAUUUCCCUGUUGAAAUUAAAAUUACAAUGUUCAAUUCAAAUGCGAUUCAUGCUAGUUUGAAAAUAAAUCAGAAAAAUUGUCAAAGAAUAUUGAAAAAAUUGUUCAAUUUUAAUUUUCAGGUUCCGACGACUUCGACGAGCCGCAAAAGAAAGCGAUCGCCAUCAAUCGAAAUCGUUGAAGAACAAUCUACAUCAAGAAGAUCUCAAACCACUCCCAAAAAGCAAAAGAAAGGUCGCCUCGAAGUACAAGAAGAUAAUCAAGAAAGGGUUACAGGAGAAGAGGAGGCUGGAGAAGUUCCAGAAGUUUCAGAUGAUUCAAAUGAUGAUGAAGAUGAAGAUCGGAUCGAUGAAAAUUACAUCCGGGUUAGUUUUUCUGAAUUAUAUUUUUUUCAUGAAAAAUCUGAAUUAUUUUAGCGAUUCUUGAACCAUUCUAUUCAACAAAAUCCACAAGUGUAUGGUAAUAUCCCAAAUGUCUCCGAUUUUAUCGUUAGUUUUUUUUUGAAUUCAUUUCUUCUCAUGAAAAAUUUCAAUUAUUUUAGAAUUAUACGAUGAAUUAUAUUCGAUCAAAUCAGGAACUUCUCAAUGAUCUCACAAGUAGCGAUCAAAGAUUGUUCACGUGGUACAACGAGAAUUUUGUCAUUGGCUCCCAAAAUUGGAUGGAAUUUACGAAUAACCCAGAUUCUUUCGAAGACUUACACCGGAACCAAUUUGAACACUCAAUUGAAGGUAAGCUUUGGGGGGGAAUAUUUAAAAAAUAUAUGUGUUGAAGUUUUCAAUGAUUUUUUUAAAUUCUUCUGGAAAAAAAACACUUUCUAGCCAAAAACAAUUUGAAAUUUCCCGGCUCAUUUUUUUUUUCAUUAUCUAAUUUCGAAUUUAUUUUCAGAUGAUGGAACUUUUGUGUCAGUUCCAUUGGACCCAAUGCCAGUCCUCUUUCCAUCUGCAAUUCAAACACGACUGAUUGAAAGAGCUCGUGAACAACAUGACUGGAUUGUGGACCAUAGGGAAGCAGAAUAUCUGGUUAGUUCUAAGGGAGGGGUUCCGAAUUUUGAGUAUUUCUAGAAUUUUCUAGAAAUUUCUAUAAUCCCGAAUAUUAGAUAACUUCCAGCUUGAAUUUUAGAAAAAUCUCAGAACUUUUUGUGUCUAAAAUUAGCAAGCUCUUUCAAUUUCAAGUUGGAAACUUUUUUAAAGAGAAUUCAAAUAUUUUCGAACUCGAAUAUUUUCAGAUGGUUCUCCAAAGAGGAAGAGAAAUCGAGAGAAGAGGAGAAGAAGUCAGGAACUUGAUAAGAAGAAACGAAGAGCUCAUCGAGGAAAUCAAUCAAUCUCGUCGUCAAUGA